GAGAGAGAGGGGACACCAUGCAGGAGGCUUAUUGGGAGGGGAAAGACAUGAAAGACAUGAAAGAUGUGAGCCUGCUGUGUGAGUUCAAAGGUCGACUGGAGUUUAGCGAGUGGCGACCUGAAAAGGGUUUUGACAGAAAGAUGGAGUGUGAGUCUUUACCGCCACUGUCCCGAUUUGCCAUUUGUGGUGGCACCCACGGAAAUGAGUGGACCGGCGUGUAUAUUCACAGGGAACUGCAGAAACACAAGGCAGGAGAGGCCGACUCUGUCUCAAUAACCACCGUCCUGUCGAACCCUCGAGCCGUGGAGGCUUGCAGGAGGUACAUAGACACAGACCUGAACCGCUGCUUCACAGAAGAUUUACUGAGAUCCCCAAUUACAGAUACCUCAACCUACGAGUUGAGGCGAGCCCAAGAGCUGAACGCUCAGCUCGGGCCCAAAGGAAGUGAAGAGGCCGUGGAUCUGCUCUGCGACCUCCACAACACCACUUCCAACAUGGGCCUGUGUAUCAUAUUUCACUCCACAGACUGGCUCAUCCUGCACAUUUACAAAUACUUACAGAGCAAGAUAACCUCUGUGCCUGUGAGAGCGAUCCAAAUAGAUGUACCUCUCUCUCAGGCGUACUCCUUAGAUUCCCUCGGCAAACAUGGCUUCUCAAUCGAGAUGGGUCCUCAACCCAACGGCGUCCUCAGAGCAGACAUCUUUAACACAAUGAAAGAGGCAGUGGAUCUCACUAUAGAAUGGCUGCAGCAGUUCAACUCUGGGACAACUUUUGAAGGAGGAGAAUUGGAAACAUAUGCCGCAGACAAGAAAAUCGACUACCCGAGGGAUCCGACGACCAAUGAGAUCACUGCUGCCAUCCACCCGCAGCUACAGGAUAAUGACUUCAAGCUGCUGCGACCUGGCGACCCCAUUUUCCUGUCAUUGUCUGGGGAGACGGUGAGGCACGAGGGAGAGGAACUCUACCCGUUCUUCAUCAACGAAUGUGCCUACUACGAGAAGGGGACAGCUUUCAAUUUAGGUCGCAAGAUCACUCGGACGGUCCCGUCCAUAAGCCUGAAGAAGGACUGAGGGCAGAGACAGAACGAGAAAGAUACUGUAGAGAUUUUGAAUGAUGGAUUGAUUUAAAUGUAAUUUAAACACACACACCAGCUGUACAAUGAUGUUUGUAAUUGUCUCCAAAGAUCCAUGAACUAAUACACAGACAUAAGCAACGUUUUAUUAUGCACUGUUCUUCACUAAAUGCUAUUACACAGGUACUAGGGUUACAAUCAUUUAUCCCCUGAAUAUUGAUUAGGUAGGAUUAUUCUCAGGAAAUUUGCAAUGUGGCCUUAAUUCAAUAUCAACAUGUUGAAUAAAUGGAAACAUGGAUCAUUUUAAA